CGCGGCGCGGAGGCUCGGAGCGGCUCAGGUAGCCCCUCCCCCGCCGCCGUCCCCAGCCCCGCCCCGCGAGGGGGAUGGAGGGGGCCGCGGCCGGCCCGGUGCUGGGGAGAGGAAGCGGGGAAAUGCUCUGGGGCGGCGGCGGCGGCGGCCGGGGUCACGAACCCUGACCUUUCACAGGGGCACGGCACACAAAACACAACACCACCACCACCACCCCCCGCGCGGCCCCCUAAUACAGACCCGGCCCCCCUUUCCCUUCGCGGACCCCCCGAGCCCCUUCACCGCUGCCGCCCUCGCGGGGGGAGGGAGGGCCGCCGCUGGGCACCGUCACCCAACACCGGCCCGCCUGGGCCAGGGUCAGGGUCGCCGCCAGGGCACGUUUGGCGCCAGUUCCUGAGGUAAAGAUCGCUUUUUAAAAUUGAGGCGGCCCGGUUUUCUUUCGUUGGGGCCAGGAAGAGGGAGGGGGCGCGGAGGGGGGGGGGGGGGGCGGCAUCGGGGCCCUGAUCGGGACACCCCCGCGAGCGGCAAAGGGGAGGGGUAACGCUCGGUUUGAGGGGAGGGGGGAUUUUAAGGCUCCGGUAUUUUGCUGUUAAGUGCGAGCCGGCCGUGCCGUAGGCUGGCCUGCAGCUCCUGAAGAGAGGGAGCGCCAUUGGGAGGUGCUGGGCCGAUCCGGUGUGGGAAUCCCGUCGCGGACCCGCUGGGCUGGAAUGUGGGCCGCCUGAGGUCGGAGCCGGUCCAGUCUCGGUUCUCUAAUGAUCUUGUUUCACCAUGACAACCAAUAUGGAGGUGCUGGCUCAGCAGGUAGUGGAGACUCAGCAGGUGGCUGAGGUGCAGACUGUUCAGACUUCACUAUCUGAAUCUCCAGUGAUGACCAGCCCUUCCCAACGUAUCCAGAUAAUUUCCACAGACUCCUCUGUAGCUUCACCACAACGCAUUCAGAUUGUGACAGAUCAGCAAACAGGUCAGAAAAUCCAAAUAGUGACAGCAGUUGACUCAGCUGUGUCUCCAAAGCAACAGUUUAUUUUAGCCAGUCCAGAUGGAACUGGUGCAGGAAAGGUGAUACUGGCAGCACCUGAGACGUCUAAUGCCAAACAGCUUAUCUUUACCACCACAGACAACAUUGUGCCAGGCAGAAUUCAGAUAGUGACAGACUCUGCUUCAGUGGAACGUUUGCUAGGAAAAGCUGAUGUUCAGCGGCCGCAGGUAGUAGAAUAUUGUGUAGUCUGUGGUGAUAAAGCAUCAGGUCGUCACUAUGGUGCUGUCAGUUGUGAGGGAUGCAAAGGUUUCUUUAAAAGGAGUGUGAGAAAGAAUUUGACCUACAGUUGUCGUAGCAACCAGGACUGUAUCAUCAAUAAACACCAUCGGAAUCGCUGCCAGUUUUGUAGGCUUAAGAAAUGUCUAGAGAUGGGCAUGAAAAUGGAAUCGGUUCAAAGUGAAAGAAAGCCUUUUGAUGUGCAACGUGAAAAACCAACCAACUGUGCAGCUUCCACUGAAAAAAUCUAUAUCAGAAAAGAUUUACGAAGCCCUCUAAUAGCAACUCCAACAUUUGUGGCAGAUAAAGAUGGGACACGGUCAGCAGGUCUUCUUGAUCCAGGAAUGCUUGUGAAUAUUCAGCAGCCUUUGAUCAGGGAUGAUGGUACAGUCCUUCUAGCUGCUGACUCCAAGGCUGAAACAAGCCAGGGUGCUUUAGGAACACUAGCAAAUGUUGUAACAUCUCUUGCUAAUCUCAGUGAGUCACUAAAUAAUGGAGAUACUUCAGAAGUUCAGCAAGAAGAGCAAUCCGCAAGUGAGAUUACACGGGCAUUUGAUACUUUGGCUAAAGCACUUAAUACCACAGAUGGUACAGCAGCUCAUAACUUGGCAGAUGGGAUGGAUCCUACAGGAGGAGGGAAUAUUCAUGUAAUCAGUAGAGAUCAGUCAACCCCAAUUAUUGAAGUGGAAGGACCCCUACUUACAGAUACACAUGUCACAUUUAAGCUGACAAUGCCCAGUCCAAUGCCAGAGUACCUUAAUGUACACUACAUCUGUGAGUCAGCAUCACGACUACUUUUUCUCUCUAUGCACUGGGCUAGGUCCAUACCUGCAUUUCAGGCUCUUGGGCAGGACUGUAAUACCAGCCUUGUGCGUGCCUGCUGGAAUGAGCUGUUUACCUUAGGCCUAGCACAGUGUGCACAGGUGAUGAGUCUGUCUACUAUCCUAGCAGCUAUUGUCAACCAUCUCCAGAACAGCAUACAGGAAGAUAAACUUUCUGGAGACAGAAUAAAGCAAGUCAUGGAACACAUCUGGAAACUUCAGGAGUUCUGUAACAGCAUGGCCAAGCUUGAUAUUGAUGGAUAUGAAUAUGCAUACCUUAAGGCUAUAGUCCUCUUUAGCCCUGAUCACCCUGGUCUGACCAGUUCAACCCAAAUAGAAAAAUUCCAGGAGAAGGCCCAGAUGGAAUUGCAGGACUAUGUACAAAAAACCUAUCCAGAAGAUACUUAUAGGCUAGCCCGGAUUCUAGUACGCCUCCCAGCACUUAGGCUGAUGAGCUCUAGCAUUACCGAGGAACUAUUUUUUACUGGUCUCAUUGGAAAUGUUCCCAUUGACAGCAUAAUCCCCUACAUUCUCAAAAUGGAAACAGCAGAAUAUAAUGGUCAAAUAACUGGCACGUCUGCAUAGUGGGAACAACACAGUUUGAUGGAUUGAAGUAAUUUUCAUAAAAACAUACAAUUACGAAGCUAAAAGAAUAGCAUUUUGGUAUGUACAAAUAUUUCCAACUUGUUAUCAGUUUCCUGUCAGAUUUCUCCUUGUCUGUUUGCUGACAUUGACAGAACUUAAGCAGCAAUUAAAAUACCUGCUAUAGGACCUUUUCUGCCACAAGGAAUAUUUUUGAUGCCUUUCAUUUAAAAGGCUGUAAUUACAGAACAUACUUUUCACAUGCUUUGUAUUUAGAAAUUACCAGUGGUGAAAAAUAGAGUUUUAUAGUAUCAGAGAUUAGUAAUGAAAUUACUUUAAAAGUAAAAAGAACAGUAUGUAUAUAUUUAAAAAUAUCCUUGGAAUUAAUACCUAAUAAAUGCCAGGGUAUAAUACUAGCACUUUGUAAGCACUUCAUGUCAAAGUGACGACGUCAUUGACAUCCUGCUUAUGAGUAUGGAAAAUGAAAAAAAUUGCAUAUGUUCUUAGUCAAAAUUCUAGUGAUUUCUGUGAAAAUGUAGGAGACAAUCAUUUAUUCUACAAAAAUUCACUUGCUAUUAUGCAUGAAAUAUUAAUGUGGAUUCUCAAAUCAGAUAUCGACAUAUGAAACUAUACUCUGUUAAAUUAAUGCAGUUGUAAUUCACAGUACGAUGCAGUCAUAGUGACUAUUGCGUGCUACAGGAAUUACCCAAGCUAGAAGAAAAAAUGUUUUUCUUGCCACGGUGAUGAUGAAAUAUUCAGGUUCCUUAAAGUUUCUGUUCAGUCCAACAAAGUCAUGACAAACGUUAUUCUAAUAGGAAGCCUUCUGAUUGUGGGGAAAAUCAGUCAUUAACUGGAAGAAGAGUCAUUUUCAAGUAGAGCUGUGUGAUGUUAACUUAGAGUAUGCUCCUUGUAUUUUGAAAUUUACUUCUCUGUACUCAUAAACACCCUCAUCAUCCAGUCAAAUGUACAAUUUAAACCCUGAAAUGUGUAGAACCUCUGGCUGUCAGCGAGAGUACAUUACAAAGCGCUCUUACUUUACUUCUCCCCAUCUCCCUCCUCUUCUCUGACUGAGCACUCCCAGUUUUACAGUGCUCUCAAGCUUCCUAUGACUCACUUUGAAAUUGAAAUGUAGUUUGAAUUUACAGUCAGUCAUGUACAAUUGCAGUUAAUGACUGAUACACCAGAGAGUUAUAAAAUUAUCUGCCUUUUAAGUGUCUAGAGUGAUGAGCCAUUAACAUGUUUUCUAAUAUUGGCUGCUAGCAUUGCUUUCAUUUUAGUAUUUGUUAUUAUAGGCAUUAAAUAUAUCAAGCAAUCAAAGUUUUAAAAAAAAGUCACAGAAAUUAAUACCUUCAUCUGAUCUGAGUUCAUUAGGUGCAUCAGUUAUUUUAAUUAUCUUAAUGGUAGAAGCAUCUUCUACUUGUGUAUUUUUAUAUGACAAAAAUCUAAGUUCAGCACUUUUGUUUUUCUUCUGUUACUGACAUUUAUUUAGAAACACCAGCCAGGUUGGUGUUUGUGUCUUUUAAGGGUCUGUAUUGUAGCCAAAAGACCUUAAGCAGCUCUAGAUGAGGCUUCUGAUGUAAUAAAAAGUCCUGACCUGGUAUACUUCGUUCUCAUUAGGAGGCUCACGUUUGUAGCACUCAUUGUGACACAGAAGGCUAUUGUAAUUUUAGCUUCUGGAUGCAUUAGUCUUCUACAGUUACCAUUGUUACAGCAUUCAGAAUCUUCUAUUCUCUGUUACAAAGAGUCCAAUAUAUGUGCAAAGAUUUGCAAUACUGCUUUUUAAUUUCUCUUGACUUUUGCUAUAGCAAGUGAAAUUUUCAUAUUUUUAGUGUGAUGGAAUGUUCGCACUCUGAAUGUUAAGUCAGCUCAAAUGCAGAAUUUUGUACUAGCUGUGUUGUUGCAGUGUAACUUCCUGCGUGAUAGUGUCAGCACUUCUGAUGCAAAAAUCCCUGUUUUAAGGAUAUACAACUUAAAAAUUAAUUGUGAUAUUAACAACAUCAGAAGAAGUAGUUACCUUAGAAAGAGUUGUCGCCGUUUUUGUGAAAAUUUAAAAUUUUAUUGGGUUACAUCAUUGUUGUUCUAAAAGCAGAAUGCAUUGAACUAUUAUGAUAUUUUUAAUUGAAAAAAAAAAAAGAUUAUGCAGUUUAUUUUGCUUUCAGUAUUUUGUAAAAAUAAUUUAAGCUGAUAAGGAAGAAUUGUUAAUAACAAAUGCAAUAUUCCUUAGCACAAAAAUGAGCCAUUGGAAUAUUUUUUCCCAAAUUUGAAUACACACCAGCUGGAUUUUUCAUUAUUUCAUCAUUUCAACUUCCAGUUUUUCAAGUAAAGGGUCCCAUUUUCUGUGCAAAAAUCUGUUUUCCUAAUUUUUCUUACUUCUGCUGUGAGCAUAACAGUUCAGGGAACAAAAUAAAGCCACUACAGUAUUUUGGGAACAGAGGGAUCCCAUGAACUAAAAUGUAUGCAUCGUAUUACAUUUGUAAAUCAGAAUGGUAAAUAUCAUGCAGCUCUGUUUACAAAUAAACUACACUCCCUACAGAUGUAAGGCCACAUAAUGAUAUCCUUGAUCCAUCUCUGGUAGUCACUUACUCUGCAAAUAGUUCCCUGAAAAUAUCAGUUUGUAUAAAUGAACUAACAAUGCAAUCCAUAUCUAGGGUUUAUUUAUUGUGCAUGCAUUUAAUGGAUUAAAUGAAGCAGUUCCAUA